CUGUCCCGAACCAGGAACGGAAGCGAGCAGGGAUCAACCCGGAGGAGGGCUGAUGAGUCAACGCAAAUAAUAAUUCCUCUCUCAGUCUGUCGCUGUCAGUUCCAAGGCUUCGAUCGUGGAGAGAUAUGAUCAAAGUGACAUGGGCGGCUCUUGCCUCUUACACUCGAACGCCAGCUCCACUGAAGUUUCAUUUUGCAUAUUGAAUCUUUGAAGUGAUUUUUUUUUACCUACCAUUUCUUUAAAAUAAUUUCUAUAUGAAUUGGUGAAAGGAGUGACCGCUGGAAGGGAAACCCUCUGGAAUAUAGUGUGUGUGUGUGUGUGAGUGUGAGUGUGUGUGUGUGAGUUCCACUUUCUUUCGCACCGCCGAAUCCUUCUCUCCAUCCACCUCCCUCUCCUGCGGGACACGGACAUCGGAGCGGCGGGAGAUACCGACAUCAGGGUCUGCUGAGUCGCUGUCUGCAGCCUGGCAGCGCAACCUCCAGACCUGGAUCCCCUGCUCCUCGCCCAUGGACAGAGCCACAUCACCGCGCAUCCUGUCAACAGACACUUCCUAGAUAGUCUAUGCAGUCUCCGCGGUGACCGGCACUCGGCGGCUCCCAAGCACUGGUGGCGGAGAAUGGAAAUGAGAAGCACCAGUCCCCCUUGUCCCUUCCCCCGGGACAGCCCCGAGAGGACGAGCAGCAGCCCCGAGGCACAAGGGCCACCUCCGGGUAAGCGGGCCAGGCUGGAACCCAACGGGAGCCCGACGGAUGGAAGCAGAGGCAGGUCCAAUGGAUCUCCUGACAAGACUCUGGGAGGGUCUACCCUGCCAGUGUUUUGUGUGGUGGAACAGUCUGACAAUCCUGUGGAGAGUGAAGGGAAAGAGGAGCACGCUGAAUUUGUGCUGAUCCGUAAAGACGUGUUGUUUAAUCAGCUCAUCGAGACAGCGUUGCUAUCCCUCGGAUAUUCCCACAGUUCAGCCGCACAGGCCCAAGGUAUGAUCAAGGUGGGAAAGUGGAGCCCUCUACCCCUGAACUAUCUCACUGAAGCCCCAGACGCAACAGUGGCCGACAUGUUACAGGACGUCCAUCACGUGGUGACACUGAAAAUCCAGUUGCAAAGCUGUGCAAAGUUUGAGGACCUUCCUGCAGAGCAGUGGAGCCAUGCCACUGUUCGGAACGCACUGAAGGAGCUGCUGAAGGAAAUGAACCAGAGCACCCUGGCCAAAGAAUGCCCCCUCUCUCAGAGCAUGAUUUCCUCCAUCGUGAACAGCACGUACUAUGCCAAUGUGUCAUCUGCCAAGUGCCAGGAGUUUGGAAGGUGGUACAAAAAACACAAAAAGAUUAAAGAAUCAGCACAAGACUGGGUUCCCUCAGUGUUUCAAUCAAACAGACUAUUCAAAGUGGAAAGGGAAAAUCUGUCGGAGUACUGUGUCCUCGGGCAGCGCCCAUCCCACCUGACGAACAUCAACCAACUGGCAAACUUGGCAAAGAGCAGCGAGCAGUCUCCGCACGGCCAGCACCACCACAGUCCGCCCAUCCGAAGCCAGGCGCCGAGCUUGCAGCCGAUCAUGAGUCCCGGUCUGUUGUCGCCGCAACUCAGCCCUCAGCUGGUGAGGCAGCAGCUCGCCAUGGCCCACUUGAUAAACCAGCAGAUCGCUGUCAGCAGGCUGCUCGCCCACCAGCACCCGCAGUCCAUUAACCAGCAGUUCCUCAAUCACCCGCCCAUCCCCAGGGCCGUCAAGCCCAUCGAGCCUCCCAGCUCCUCCGUGGAAGUCACCCCAGAGAUCUACCAGCAAGUCCGGGACGAGCUGAAGAGAGCCAGCGUUUCACAAGCCGUGUUUGCACGAGUGGCCUUCAACCGUACACAGGGCUUGCUAUCAGAGAUCCUCCGAAAGGAGGAAGAUCCUAGAACAGCAUCCCAGUCACUUCUUGUAAAUCUAAGAGCCAUGCAGAAUUUCCUGAACCUUCCUGAGGCAGAGCGUGACCGAAUCUACCAGGAGGAGAGAGAACGAAGCAUGAAUCCAAACAUCUCCAUGGUCUCGCCUUCAGCAGGCAGCCCAGGCUCUUCUCGAACCUCUCAGACCAAGACCUCUGCGUCAACUCCAGAUCUUCUGGUUAAGGUGGAGGGCACAAACCUGAGCAUCACAUCAGCCAUUUACGAGGAGAUCCAGCAGGAGAUGAAACGGGCCAAGGUCUCUCAAGCCUUGUUUGCAAAGGUGGCGGCAAAUAAAAGUCAGGGAUGGUUGUGUGAGCUGCUCCGCUGGAAGGAAAACCCUACUCCAGAGAACAGAACCCUGUGGGAAAACCUGUGCACUAUCCUGCGUUUCCUGAGCCUUCCUCAAGCCGAGAGGGAUAUCGUCUACGAGGAGGAAUCACGGCACCAUCACAAUGAACGUUUACAACAUGUUGUCCAACUGUCCCCAGAACCUAUCCAGCAAACCCACAUACGAUCGUCCGAGCAUGGAGUGCCGUUGGGAUCUGCGGUCAUACGAGAGUCCGUGACCCGUUCACCCACGCUUCCAACUGAAGGAGGAUGCUUGAAGGUGCUGCACAGACAGCAAUCACAGCCUGCAAAGGAGAGUUCACCCCCGCGAGAGGAGAUAUGCACUCAGCCACAAGCUGCUGCUGAGGAUAACUGUGCCAAAAAACCAAGGUCACGUACUAAGAUCUCUGUGGAAGCACUGGGCAUCCUUCAGAGCUUUAUCCACGACGUGGGCCUAUACCCUGACCAGGAGGCCAUUCAGACACUUUCCGCCCAGCUCGAUCUGCCCAAGCACACCAUUAUCAAAUUCUUUCAGAACCAACGAUAUCACGUUAAACAUCACGGCAAAUUAAAAGAGCACUUGGGAACCACAAUCGACGUGGCGGAGUACAAGGAUGAGGAGCUGCUUACUGAGCCCGAGGAGAACGACAGUGAGGAGGGCUCGGAGAUGUACAGCAUGGAGGCGGGAGAGGAAAACCUCAGCAAAACCAAAGCCAAACCUCCAGAGCUGGACCAGAAAUAAUGUGAAGCAUUCCUACAUAGAAGCUUGUUGGCUGUCGAUGUGCAGAUUUGUGUUAUGCAGUCAGUGCAUUGUGUGUACAGCAGUAUUGAAUAUGCAGGUGUGAUCUAAUGUUGCCUUGGUAUGGAAUUCCAGAAACUAUUCUUUUCCACAGACUUUUGAGAGUCUUUUACAGACCGAGAAAGAUUAAAGUCACUCCGGAGUUUGUUAACUCACUCGAUCCUGCACUAAAAGUUAAAUAAAGGAACGCUGGGGGCGUUGAAAAAGGACAUGUUCUCAGAACUUACCCAGGACUUCAGAGGAAAACGUUAUACAAAAGUUCUGUGACUCUACACUGAAAUGUAAAAUGAAGGUUCACCCAGUCUUGUCCUCUAAACCACUUUAUGAUGAGUUGUUUUGGCUCUGGAGAAGCUGCCUGCAAUGGGGGGGUUGUGGUGGCUUUCUGCUUUUUAAAAUUCCUAUUUAUUUUCUCAGUUCUUUCCAAUUUUUUCAACUUGGCUGCCUGCCAGGUGACCAUUAAAAUAUUUUGAGGUUUGUACUUUUCCCGAGAAGGGAAAAACACCACUGCCAAACGAGAAAAACAAAAGCAGAAACGGCGAAUACAAGAUAUAUCUUUGAGAACCUAGUGAAAUUUACAGAUUGAUCGCUCGGUGCUGUGUGAUUCAGGCAGCUGUGUCAUUUGUACCAAGUUCACACUUUUGUCAAAAGAGGAAAGUGGGGAUUUCAGCUGUGAUGAGGGACACUGGAAUCAGAAUCGCAAUGGAGAUCUCUGCAAAUGGGACUGAACUAACCACAUUAGUUCAUCAGGAAAAAAAUAACAUAAAGUAAGGCA